AGAGACUAUGCGGAGGAGUUGAGGCAGUGGCCUAGAUGUGUGAAACGCCAGGGGUUGCUUUUUUGGUUCACUGGUUGACUACCAGGGGGCAACUCAAUAGUCAGCCAAAUGUAAUGGGGAAGUUCUGAACCACAAAACUACAAAGAAAAGUUGUGCAGCCCACAGUUUAGCAGCUUUUAAAUGAUAUGCAAACUUUUGGUUUUUGGAAGGCAGACAUCCCUGACCAGUGUUUUCCUCCCGUGAGCCGUGCACUGGCAACAUGCACUAUCAUGGGAACAUGAUGGUGGAACAUGUAGACUGAGACACUCACAAAGAGGCUAAAAUAUCUAUUAUUCUGCCGGACGGUCAGCCUACUGCUUGACUGAUAACGAUGGCCUUGGAGGCAGACAGCGACAGAGGUUCAUCAAGAAGCGCUCAUGAAAAAUAUCCCCGGGCAGCGUUGGAGCGCAACGGCUACGUGAAGACAUGUGUCACCCCGUUGUACCAGGACGCACGGAGCCAGUCGUGGCUGAGACUCGCCGUGACAUGGACUUGCCGAGGAGUGUCGUCUGCGGUCUGCGUUGCCUCCAUCUCCGUUAUUCUCGCUCUGCUGCUCAGAUUGGUCGACUGGGAUGCAGGCAGCAGCAGCAGCAGCAGCAGCAACGGCACUAGCAGCGGCUCUCGUCUUCAUUUCGCGGCGGGCUGCGCUGUGGAGCUGCUUUUGACUGCGUGUUACUGCGUCUCUCCCGUUUUCACACUCGUAUGUGCCUUCUUCUGGGUCGGGCUCUAUCUGAUUCGCUGCGGGGUGCUCGUCCGUACCGCCGUGUUCCUGUUAGCGGUGUGCCAUUUGGGCGAAGCCGCGGCGCAGUCCCUCCUGCGCGGCGCCGAGGAGCAGCUGCUGUCCUUCCCCGCAACUCUGGUAGUCCUCGGCUGCCUGGGCAGCGGGGCUCUGCUGGUCGUCCGCCUGGGUCAGGGAGUGUCCAUCCUUGUCUUCAUUAGCGUCAUCCGGGCCGUCUCCCUCGUCUCUCUGAGCAGGGUCCGGGCCAGUUGGAGACCCUACCUGGCCUACCUGCUGGGGCUGCUGGGGGUUUUGCUUGCGAGGUAUGCUGACCGGCUCUUGCCGGCCUCAGGGACCAGCGGGACGGGGUGCUGUGGCUCUGUGACCGGGGCGAAGGAGGAGGACAUCCCUGUCUUCAAAAGGAGACGGAGGUCCAGCUCCACAGUGGCCUCGGAAAUGAUGGCUCACAGUCAGAGCAACAGCAAGUCCCACCGCAGGACUUCGCUGCCUUGCAUUCCGCGGGACCAGUCUUCGGGCACCAGUGUGGUGGUGGACAUCGCAGUGAUGGGUGAGGCGCACGGUUUGAUCUCAGACCUGCUGGCAGAUCCAUCACUGCCUCCGAACACCUGCAGCUCUCUGAAGGCUGUCAGCAACCUCCUCAGCACCCAGAUCAGCCUCCAGCCACUGCACCGACCUCGCAUCCCAGCAGACACACACACCUGCUCGGACUCUGAGGACGGGCCGGAAAAGGUGGAGAGAUUGGCCAUUCCAAAGCGUCUCAGGCGGAGUUUGCCCCCAGGAUUGCUGAGGAGAAUUUCAUCAACUUGGACCACAACCACCUCAGCUACGGGGCUGCCCACCAUCGAGCCCGGCCCCGUACGCAGAGACCGCUCAGCCAGCAUCAAACACACUCCAGACAGUGAAUUGUGGGGCAACUCUGUGAUGAUGACCAUCUCGAAGAGUCGCUCCAUGUCCGCCUCCUGUGCUGCCUCUGUCACGUCCAACCACCUCUACAGCAAACCACUGGGAAGACCAGGUUUCCCCCCCUCCAACAUAUCACCUCUGGGCUCUCCAUGCCCGUCUCCUCCCGUCCAGGGCACGCCUGUCUCCAGCCCGACAAUAAAGACUUGUUCAGUGCAGCUUCCUGAGCCGGCCGGGCCACUAACAGAGCGGGUACCCGGCGCUGUGGCCCCCAAGAGCCAUCACAGAGCCUUAACUCACAGCCAGAGCGCCCCGAGCUCCACCACCACUCAUUGGCGGCCUCCAUCGCUUUGUGGCAGCUGUGGCAGGCCGUUCAGCAGUCGAUUAAACCACGGGGUAGAAUCUGUCGACAAAGGAGACAGAAUACCACAUCCAGAUGAGCGUGCAGUAGCUUCAUCAGACUAUGACAGCACCUACGACAGCACCUAUGAGACCAACCACAGUGACAGCAGCGACUUUGCACAGAAUGAAGAGGAGGGAGAAGGAGGCAAGAAGCCGCCUGAAGCGAGGGAAGGUUGCAGGGAGUUUCCAACAGAUGGCAUCGUUCUUCACCCUCUCCUGCCAUCACCAGAGGACAAGCCCAUCUUGGCCUCAGAGGCCCCAGUAGUGCCAACGCUGGAGCCUCUGAUGAGUCAGCUCGUCAGCUGGAACUUCCCAAUUUUCAGUCUUGUGGAAAAGACUCAUGGCAAAGCAGGCUGCAUCCUCAGCCAGGUUUCUUAUCGGCUCUUUGAGGACACGGGUCUGUUUGAGACCUUCAGGAUUCCCGUACAAGAGUUCAUGAACUAUUUCCACGCUUUGGAGAACGGAUACAGGGACAUCCCUUAUCACAACCGAAUCCAUGCCACUGACGUGCUACAUGCUGUCUGGUACCUCACCACUCAGCCUGUGCCGGGCCUGCCCACCCUGUUGACCGAGAACGGAAUACACACUGACUCAGAGAAUGGUAUUACACCUGGUGCCACAGGCUUCCUGGUGUCCAAGAUGAACUCUGUGCUGGAAGAAGGCUACGGCUCCCUGGCUGGUCUAAUCCCUGGCCUGGAGCUCAUGGCUCUAUAUGUAGCUGCUGCCAUGCACGACUAUGACCACCCUGGAAGAACCAACGCCUUCCUAGUAGCUACCAGCGCACCGCAGGCUCUUCUAUACAAUGACAGAUCAGUCUUGGAAAACCAUCACGCAGCUUCAGCUUGGAACCUCUUCAUGUCUCGACCUGAGUAUAACUUCCUGGUGAACCUUGAACAUGUGGAGUUCAAGCGCUUCCGUUUCCUCGUCAUUGAGGCUAUUCUGGCCACUGACCUCAAAAAGCACUUUGACUUCCUCGCAGAGUUUAAUGCAAAGGUGGGUGAUGAAGGAGUCUCUGGUAUUGAUUGGACCAAUGAGAACGACCGGUUGCUGGUGUGCCAGAUGUGUAUAAAGCUAGCUGAUGUCAACGGACCGCUGAAGUGUAAAGAGCUGCACCUGCAAUGGACGGAGGGGAUCGUCAAUGAGUUCUACGAGCAGGGUGAUGAAGAAGCGAGCCUGGGCCUUCCCAUCAGCCCAUUCAUGGACCGUUCCGCUCCGCAGCUCGCUAAACUACAGGAGUCAUUCAUCACUCACAUAGUGGGACCACUGUGCUCCUCCUACGACUCCGCCGCCCUGAUGCCGGGACGCUGGGUCGACCCGCCUGAGGGAGAGCUGGAGCCAGAAGUGGACAAGGCAGGACAAGACACAGAGGAGGAAGAGGAGGAUCUGGCGGAUGAGGAUGCGUCAACAAGUUCUGACAACUCCCAGCGUCGAGAAACCAAAAAGGUAAGCAGGAGGAAAGUGUUUUGCCAGAUCACACAGCAUCUGCUGGAAAACCAUGAAAUGUGGAAAAGAGUGAUUGGUGCAGAAGCCCCGGAGGAGGCCCAGGAAGAGAACCCGAACUGCAUCAGCAACCCCACCGACCCAAUCACAGCCAUUCACGAGGAAGAGGAGGAGCAGGCAAGCAAAGAGGAGGAGUUGACUGAUGACCUCGAUGAAAGGGAAGAGGUACCGGCUAUCGAGGAAGAGGAAAUCCUUCCCCAAUCAGAGACUUCAGGAGAAAAAGAGGAAGAGCCAGAGUGAUACUAUGAACUUUGACCUUCUCGUAAGCCAGGAAUCUGAACGUUGUCUAAAAAAAAAAAAAAUCUUUGUUUCUUUCCUAACUAAACUCUUGAUAUGGUAGCCAGCACAUCACUUUGACACAACACUGUAGAAGAUGUUUUGGGUAAAAUGUGCCUAACAAAAACAGGGUUGAGGACAGGGAUGAAGCAUACCCAGUGCAUCUGACAAGAAGAGAGGUGAGAUCAGCUAAAGAUUAAGUGACAAAAGGGGAAAGAAGAAGAAGCUGAAAAAGAAAAUGAAUAUGAGCUGUAUUUGUUUAUGUUUUAGUAUUUUUUUUAGUCUGGAUCGGACGACCUGCACCACACCCAGACUGCCCAUCCUGCACUUUGGGUCAACCGCCCUGAUUCACAAAGUUCACUCCACCUGAGAGUAAAACACUGUCACAGCGCCCCCCCCCCACCUUUACUCUUCUUGUUGCUCCCAUGAUAUCAACACACUGUGGAGCCGCCCAGCUGGUUGAGGAUGUGCAACAAGCCCCUUCUCCUUGAAGACAAUGGGAUGAAAGACAGGGAAAAAGCUGUGUCCACUGAGUGUAUUUCAGAAGGAGGUUGAAAAAAAAAAAAAAAAGAGUCAGAGGUAGUGCAUUGUGUACAGAGACACACACCCACACAAGCUGCACACACAAACACACACACACACACACACAUUGCUGUAACAGACACACAUUCCUCGCUCGCAACAGAAAGGAAGUUUCACAAAGAACCCUAAUGCUCUAAAAGCUUUUUUUUCUCAAGGAAAAACAUACAAAACAAUGUUUUGUUCAUAUCAAACAAUGUUAGUCAGCGGUCAUUUUCUCCCUGUCUUUUAUUAGUCGGUUCAGCACACUUACAUGUUUCCAGACUGCACAACUCAGGAAGGCAGAAACCCGUAGAGAAACAGAAACAAAAAGGACUUCCAGCGUCCGUUUUCCUUUUACUCGCUGCUGCUUCUCGUUCCCCUUCAAAAAGGAACCACAAGGGAAACAACACACGCUAACGUUAGUCACUUUAAAACUAACUUACGAGACACAAAACUAGGUAAUAAGGUAAUGUGUUUUGUUAAGUAAAUAUCAUUUGUGUCCAUAUUUUAUGUCACUUUUUAGCUUGUUCACAGUAAAUGCAGUCGCUAAUGAUGGGAUUUUUUUUCUUUCUUUCUUUCCAAAAUAAUUUAUAGGCUGGUAUGUAGGCCAAAUGUUUCAGAAAGUAAAGUAAUCCAGUAAGCCAUAGUGAACCUGGCCAGAGCUGAGUCACAGCUCCAAAUCACCCAAGAAGAUUUACGUUAAUAAGACGUUACUACCCUGUGAAGGCUGCUGCCAUCCAGGAGGUGCUGUGUGUCCACAAGAGAGCAAAGACUGUGAGUCUUUCAUCAUAAAGGCAAUGAAAGUAAUAUGGAAAUAAUAAUGUUAGCCAUUUGUGAGUCAUGGAACCAAGCAUACUUUAAAACACAGAAAAAGAGCCACAGCGGGAUAAAUGCAUCAUGUUAAACAAUAAAUUGUGUUAAAUGAAGUACAGCAAACUUAAGCAUUAAUGGAGUGCAGCUUCCAUAGUCUCAAAUGCUGCUAUGAUAUUGUCAAGGCAUUUUAAAUACUCAGUCCUCAAUAUCCAAUAGAAAAGGCAGAAUGAGUGAUGUGAGCAUUUUACACACCACAGAUACGCAGAGAAAUGCAUCAACAAAAGCUAUCAUUCAAUAUAAUGUCUACAUUCUGCACAUUGUUUGCCAAAAGUGCAACAGAGCAAGCAAAAGUUAUAAGAAUUUCCUAUCAUGGGCCAGGAGACUCAAGUUUUUGUUUUUUUUUUUCCUCCAUUUGUAGUCCUUGACAUUACAUAUGGCUUAGCAGGUCUCCUUUGAUGUCCUGAGAGAUUCAUAUUGGUGGUGAUGGAGGAAAGUGUGAGCAGGGAGAACAGCCUCAGUAAUGAGGCUUAGUAAUGAAAGAGGAAGGCGCUUAUGAAGGGGUCAGAGGGGUGUCAGAUCUUUUUUACAUUUCAGCAAAGUCUUCCAGAUGUAACUCUUUGAAGAUGAGCCAGCUCGGUCGCAUUCGAAACCAUGUGAUGAUCUACGUUUCCAAGUUUGCAAAACGUAUUACAGGGAUAUGCAGUACAGUAUAUUUGAUCUGACAUCAGAAAAGCAACAGGGGGCCUUUGUAGACUUGGAUCCAGGGAUUGAAGGGUACUCAGUGUCUUCACUUACUUAUCUGUAACAGGUACUUUUGAUCAGAUUUGCAAAGUGAAGAGGGGCAUAUUUUAAUACAACUGAAACACGUUCCAGCACGCUGACAGCACUUUUUGGACAAGGUGCCCGAGACUGGCUCAAGAGGUGAGGUAGACUAACAAAGGUAAAGCAGAGUGGGAUGUGGUUAUAUAUGCAGUGGUAUAUAUUAAAGAAGGGCACUCAAACUGCGAUUCCGCUUCAGCUUUAUCUAGAAGGUAUUGACUUUUUAACUCUAUAGUUGCAAAUAGUUUAAAUAAUUAGCUGAGGUGCAUACAAGAUGUCACAAAAUGUCCUUAAGUAUGGAUCAUUUGACGUGGGUGAGGAUUGAUCACUCUAACAUGACCAAGGAAGGCAGGGAAACAGUGACAAUUAAAUUAAAAGAGCAACAUAAGACAGAAACACAAACAUCUACGAGGAAUACACUUUAUGGAAACAGUUCAUUAUUCACAUACGCUGGAUGAAAACAGACUAAGCAAUCUAUUAAAUAGACUUGUUUGCUUAUUUUUACUGGCUGAACUUGCCCUAAUACUGUCGUAAUACUGUCUAAAUCCUCAGCUGUAUCCAUUGCACUGUUAUCAAAAUGCCCAUUGUGCAAAUGAGGGCUAAACUGUGCAGCAUAAUGCGCUUGAUUGCUUAUUCCCUGUUCUUACAAAAGGAGUGCAGCUUGUUUUUAACGCUACGAAAAAGGAAACCUGCGCUAACCAAAGUCUGUCUCCGUUCAAGUAGAGAGCUCUGAACGUCUGAUGUCCAUUUUAAUGUCACAAAUGAUCCACAAUGAGGAGAGCUAUUGUUGCUUGGCAACAGUAAAAAUAUGAAACGGCUAAAUGACAUCUGACCCUAGAAACAACACGUGUCUUACCUGCCAGCACAAAUGGCAGCAGUGCAUUUGUAGCAUACGGAGCACGACAUGCUUGGAUUUACAGGUUCCCUCCUUGACAAAUUGUCUUCCAAUAGCUUUUUUUUUCUUGCAUUGGCUUGUGAUGAUAAGCCCGCAAAAUGAUCUGUAAACACCAGCUGAUAUACGACUGAUCUACGCAGCUGUGGGUCAAGGCAUCGACUGGGGUCUUUUAGUUGAACAUUUUCAAACCUCUGUACAGCAAUGAACUUUUGAAAUCAAGUUAUUCUACUAAUAACCACCUGAUUGGGGAAAAAAAAAAAAAAAAAAAAAGCUCUUCAAGCCUCCUGUCUCACGUAAACAGCAGGAAUUUGAAUACACACGAAUGAGCUUGAGCUCCAUGCACUGUAAAUACCCUACGCACUAUACAGUAUAUCAAUACCUCACUUACAAUCUAAUGUGCAUACUAUUACAAUGGACUUUUUAUGUCUCACACUUGUACUAUCCCAUGUUCCACCUCUGUGUUUGGCAAUUUGUUUAAGAUUUUUUUCAGAUUCCCUUCACUUUUUUUUGUUUUGUUUUGUUUUCUUUUUUUUGGCCUGCACGAUCUGAGAAGCUCACCAGGGAUCAAGUCAGUCAAAACAGACGCUUCCCUCCUCUCUCGGCCCUGCCUCACUAACUGUGUACACUACAGUGCAGCAAUCAAAGAGACUUGAAUUAAUCAAAGCUGUGAUAGAAUACUGAGUUUCUGUUCUCAUCGCAAACAAUCCGAAACACUAGGAAGUGCUAGUGCGUAGCCUUUUAGGGGGUUUUCAGUCACCUGGAGGGGAGUGUUCAAGUGGUCACUCAGUUUUUUGAAAGAACAGGUUUCAAGUCUUUUAGCAGUUAUCAAGGAGUUUUGCAUUUUUUAAUUUUAGCGUUUUAAUUACAAUCCGUAUUCUUAGCAUAGUUGCUAAACAUUUUUAAAUCAGUUUCAGGAGUAUUUUUCCUGCAUCUCUGCAUGGUUUCUCUUUAUUUCUGCACAGUAUGAAUAUUUAUUAGCAGUGAGUUCUAAAAUGUAUCCAAGUGAACAAGAAAUUUGCAUAAUUUGGCCUUUUUUUUAAUUUUUUUUUUGCUAUUGUUACAUGUAUUAUGUAGUAUAAUUGGAAACUGAUUUGAAAGCUACACUUAAGGCAGAUUUAAUGUUCACUGGGAUGGAUUAUGUACUUUAAAUAAAGUUGUGCGUGAAUAAUUGGAACACAUCGAGUGCCAGGAAAUAAAUACGAAAUACAUCCAGAUUUGUAAAACACAGCUGCAUUGUUUUGCAAGACGAUUACUUGUGAUGUAAAGUAUACAGUAUACGCUAAUUAAUUUGUAGUAAAUGGGCCAAUACAUGGAAAACCACUGGUAUAGUCCCAUAGAUUCCUUUUUAACUCUAAAUACCAUAGACUAGAUUAAGAUUCUUGACUGCCACAACAUAAAAGUUCAUGUCAUCUGUUGGCUUUUUUGGUCUUGGUCAUCAUGGCGACACUGGCCAAUGGUUUGUACCAGGGCAUUCACAAUUCUGCUUUCUCUUGAUUUACAAAGUGUUCUUAUUUUAAAAAAAAACCAAAAACCAAAAAAAAACUUGGCGACAAAACAACACAAGCGCAGGGUCUACAACUAACAACCAAACUAUUUCAGAUCAUCAAAGCCAGUACAAGUGGUUUCUUUUAAUUAACGAGAAGAAGGGGAUUGCUGCACACUGGAUUAACUUGUGCAAACCAAAGAAACUUUUUGAACUUUGUGUUUUUUUGUGAUUUGCACAAAAUGAGCCCUAAAAGGAGCAUGUUUUGUUUUGGUUUGGGUUUUUUUUUUGUCAGUGUUAUUAUAUCUGAUAUCUGGAUAUGCAUAUAUUUUUGCUCUCAUGUGAAAAUAAGACAGAUUUUUUUUUUUUAAAAUUGAAGAGUUAUCAGCAUUCAUGUAACAGGCAGCAGCUCGUGGUGUUGUCUUUACGGUCUGUUAUUCUUUCACUGCCAUGUCAAUAUGCACCAGUAGCACUACAAUGUAACUGACCAACUGUUCUGUUCUCAGACUGACGCCCAUGUACUUUCUUUUUGAUGGUUUGAACCAAAAACAUUUCUGUUUUGUAUUGUUUGUUGUUUCAGUCAUUUCUAAAAGGGGCCAGGCUCCUGUGCCAUACCAUUGUCACAUGUAUGUAUGUAUACAUUGUUUGAAUGCUAUAUUCUCUGCUUUCCUUGUUUGUCACAAAGGAAACCAAAACAAACUUUUUUGUUCACCACCUUUAAAGCAAGACAAACAAGAUGUUUUUUUGUUUUUUUUAAAAAUCUAAUAUAGCAGGCGCUUCACAGACUCAGUUCUUUUCUUCUCUCCAAUAUCUUGCACUUAACACAUGUAGCAAUACCUACAGGAUGGGGAAAUUGUGUGAUUCACCAGUAUUUGUUUAAGUGGAAUAUGACAUUUUAUUUCUAGAUAUUGUUUGACUUUGUAUAAAAAAAAUAUAUACUGUACAGAUUUAAAAGUAUAUUAUGACAAAACAACUUUUAGAAAAAUAUUUAUUUUUACUGUUUUGUAAUCUAGACACAAUACUGUAGCUCCUCUAUUGCCAGACUUACUGGAAGUGCCUCGAUAAUGUAUUACAAAGUAACUAUACAAUAUAUUGGGAUUAUUAGAACCUGUCACUAGCAGAGCAGUGUUGAUGUUGUAAUGUGAAUAUUGUUGAAUAAUAAGAUUUAUAAAUGCUG